AUGGCAGUUGGUACAAAGCUUAGUCGUAAUAACAGUGAAUUGUUUGAAAAUCCCAGCCUCUACAGAAGUACCAUAGGUGCAUUGCAAUAUCUCACCCUUACUCGACCUGAUAUCAGCUUCCCGGUUAACAAACUCAAUCAGUUUUUACAAGCCCCCACUGAGUUGCAUUGGCAGGCUUGCAAACGGGUACUUAGAUGCAUAAAAGGUACUCUAAAUUUUGGGUUACAAUUAAAACCAGCAAGCUCAUUGCAUGCAAAGUGUUAUGCUGAUGUUGAUUGGGGAAGCAAUGUUGAAGAUAGACGAUCUACUAGUGGAUAUUGUGUUUAUUUGGGUCCCAAUUUGAUCCAAUGGAGUUCCAGUAAACAAAAAGUAAUAGCCUUGUCUUCUACAGAGGUUGAAUAUAGAGCUUUGGCACAAACUGCAACAAGAGCUGCUUGGUUACAAAUUAUGUUCACUACGCUAGGAAUCAGCUUAUACUCAACCCCAGUCAUUUGGUGUGACAAUGUUAGUGCAAGUGAGUUGGCUUCCAAUCCUAUUUUUCAUGCUUGA